GUUUAAUGUCGCUGUGUGCGUGGCGGUGGUUUAGCUUCCGGUAUACUGUAGGCGCAAACUCACAUGAAGGCAUGGCACAGACACAAAAGGGGCAGGGGCUAGCUAGAGAGGAGCAAUGAUAACAUGUUUCCUCUGACGUUUCUCCACCUUGCCGUUGGUUGUGGCUUGGCCUCUGGACCGUUUGCAGCUGGUUGCACGGGACGCAGCGCUUUUUGCCCUCACAAACUCCUUCAUCACAUCACAUUGGAGUUUCCACGCUGUGCCAUUCUUAGAGGGCAAGAAUUUGGACUGUUCUAAAUACCGUACCGUACGACUUUAGUACGUCACUACAGAGGGCUCGGCUCGUGUGUCAAACAUCAUCUCAGCAAGUGUCACGCUGUCACGCUUCUUGUGCUGCUCAUCUUUUCUUUGAAAACAGAAUUUGGCCGACGACGACCUGUGAAGACAACAAAAACCAAAGCCAUCAAUCCGUUCCUGUUUGAGCAAAUGGACAACAGCCAUGAUUUCUGUUGUCGCACUCGUGUGUUGCAUUUUUCCUGUUGCGGCAGCUGUCAUUGAAAGUGUCCAACUCAGAGGAGCGAGUGUCAGUCAUUUCCAAAGGCGACUGGCGGACGAAUCGGGUACCAAAAUCGUUGGCGGACAGGAGGCAUCUCUGAACGCACAUCCUAGUUUUGUGCAAUGGGGUGACAACUGUGGGGGAGUCUUGAUACAUGAUGAUAUUGUGAUCAGUGCUUCACACUGCAACUUUGUUGCAAAUUCCAUUGGAAGAUGUCCUUUGUAUGUUGGUGGCAAUGGGACACAAAAUAGUGGAACCAGAAUGUACGCCUCAGCUGCUUUCAAGCAUCCGAGAUAUGACUCCGAGAAUUCAUUUGCCUAUGACUUUCUCAUCCUGAAGCUUCCUCAGCGGAUGCAAGGAAUUCCUUUUGCCUCGUUGAAUGAUGACCCCCGCUAUCCAACUGAUGGGGCACCAUUAACGGUGGUGGGUCAUGGAAUUUUACAUGAAGAAGAUGCCAGGGAAGAUGCACCCACAGUAUACCAUGAGGUUGCUGUUCCUUACAUUCGAAACUGCUCUGAAUUCUAUGAGAAUGUUGAUCCAGCUAUCCAGUUUUGCGCUGGAGACAUGCCUCUAGGAGGGAAGGAUACUUGUCAGGGAGACUCUGGAGGAGGAAUAUUUGAUGAGAAUGGGCUUCUUGUGGGGAUUGUUAGCUGGGGCAGAGGGUGCGCUCAACCAUCCCAGCCUGGAGUAUAUGCAAGAAUAUCAGCCAUUGAACGAUGGGUGGCUCACAUGAUAUGUCAAGAAAGUGAUUACCCCCCAGCAGACUGUGAAGAUCUGAAAGUCAACAUUACACUGGAUGACCAUCCAGAAGAAUUCGGGAUGAGUCUGUUGGACUUUCAUAGUGUUCAACAACCGGAAGUUGUUAUCAUCCCUCCGGGCAGUCUAAGUCGGGUGGCUCCAAGACGUACUCGUCGAUACAGCUUCUCUGUUCCCAAGGGUCGGAGCUAUCUUUUGCAGGUUGAAGACACUGGUCAAAAUGGAUUUUGCUGUGAAAAGGGAGUAGGCGAAGUUACUGUCCAAGAUGGACAUUCUUUUUAUCAUCUCAGUGGUGAUUUUCAAGGCCAAUGUGCCUCAAUUUUGCUUCCAUUUGUUGGUGGGUCUGAUGGAGCAAUCAUUUCAUCCUCCCCAAACAGUGCAAACGAAACGCAUUUGUCUAUCCUGUCGCCACCUGUUCUGUAUGCUAUCGCAGUGGAUGUGAGAUACCAAGGCCCAUCAGAUGACACCACCUGGAAGGUAGUGCGUUGCAACACAGACUCAACAUUUACAACAAUCCACGAGGACCUCCCUGAGGGUCGAAUACUGAAUGACAUGGAAAAAGAGGUUCAGGUGGGGCUCCAUGACUUGGUUGCUGGAAUCUAUGAACUCCAAGUAGGAGAAAAUAGCGUGGAUGGUGGUGAGCCGAGACUGGCUGGCUUCAGCGUCACUGCCAUUGAUAAUGAGGAUUCCUCGUUCUUGUCGUUGCUCUACAAAUACCGAGGCGAGGCAGGUAAAUUCCAGGGGCGUUUUGAGUUGGGGCUUGCCUGAACAGGCAGCGGCUGUUGAGUCGAUGGUGACAAGAAGCCGUAUCGAUUAAGUGUAUGAUUAGUGGGAACCGAAAUGUAUGCAUCAUAGUAAGUGUAACUUCUAAGUCUCUAGCUAGCUAGCAAUUGUUAUGAC